AUGCACCUUCGUGAGCGUUUUGGACAAGUCUGUCUCUUCACUUAUUCUUCUCACUAUGCACCUUUGCGAGCGUUGCGGGUUUUCAAAACACUUGGCGAGGUCCGGAAUCUUACCAAGUAA